AUGUCGACAUCGCUUGAGAAUGUGCAGCAGACCUAUCAUAUAUUUUUCCAGGGGCGUGUCGCCCACAUUAUUGUCAUGAUCGUCGCAGCGCUCGUUGCUGCGUUCUGCGCGUUACCCCUCGUUCACCUUGCCACGUCCAGCAGAUUUUGCGGAUCAAGUCUUCAGAUUGAUUUCGGCAUAGUGUUAUUGCUUUGCGUUCUCGGCUAUUCCGUCGAUUCUCGCACUUCGAAGAGUACGGACGAACUUAUGAAAAAGAAACAAUUGGCCACUGCAGAAUCGUUGAUCGACAGGGCUGUUUUCGACCGUAGGAUCAUUCAUGGCAGCGCAAAGGGCUCACGGGAUCAGCUUGGACAAAGGCGACGACCGAGGUUCGACGUGCACAUCAUCGAGUGCGCGCAGAGAGAGGGCGUGACUCACACACUCCCAAAAGUGUCAGAAGUGAUGCGUGCCUCCAGUAGGGUUGGACACGGAGAUGUAGCUCUGAAGUUAUUCGACCACAUGUUGAAGAAGGGGGUUGUUCCUGGUGCGCACCUCAUUGACAAGGCCGUGUCAAACAAUUUCUUUCAGCUCGUCGCUGAAACUCUCGAUGACGAGCGCAUGACAACGGACGGGUUGUCGCUUCUUGAUUUAGUUCGAGGUCAUGGAAUCCACCCGUCGCCUAGUAUCCAGAACCGUUUGCUGUCUGCGUGGAAGGGUGAGCCUUCGGAGAGUGUCGUGGAAUAUUUCGUGAAGAUGAGGAGCGACAGGGUCACCCUCAGCAAUUGGGCAUAUCGUUCCAUCAUUAUGGCCUACGAGCGUUCCGAUCCAGCAUUCAUUUUGAAGGUGAGCGAUGAGAUGGGGCGCUCGGGUAUCCAGCUCCAGAGGACGGCGUACAAUGCAGUUUUGGGUGCUUGUCUUCAGCUUGGCAUGCACAACGAGGCCCAAGAUUUGUUCAGGAAGAUGGCUGAUCAUGCGGUUGCUCCCAAUGCAAGAUCUUUUGGUAUCAUGAUCAGGGUCUACUCGUUCAGUGGUCAAUUCAAGCAAGUCAUUGCCAUCUUCGAUGCGAUGCGGGAGCAGUCCUUCGAGCCCGACCGGUUUGCUUACCAUCAUACAAUCCAUUCAUGCAUUAUGUUGGAGCGUGUUGAAUACGCCGUUCAAUUGUACAAGGACUCGGUUCAGGCGAAGGUGCUCUUGACCGCGAGAACGUACGUCAUUCUGAGCCGGGCGUGCAGAGAUGUUGGUUGGAAGGGUUUGGCAAGCAAGCUCGAAAUGGAGCUGACAAACCAGCGAAUAUUGCUUAUGAAGGAGGCGGAGGCCGUGCAUACGAUUCAAGCGCAGCAUGAAGUCAAUGGCGCAAUUGCCACAGUAGGGGCAGGGGCAAGUCUGAAAUGGCGGCAGGGGCUACCGCCAGAGCGUGGUGCCGCGUUUCGAUGUUCAUCGCGUCCUUCUUUGGACAGGACCGUAUGA